AUGGGCGCCUAUCUCUAUGGGCGCCUAUCUCUAUGGGCGCCUAUCUCUAUGGGCGCCUAUCUCUAUGGGCGCCUAUCUCUAUGGGCGCCUAUCUCUAUGGGCGCCUAUCUCUAUGGGCGCCUAUCUCUAGGGCCGCCUAUCUCUAUGGGCGCCUAUCUCUAUGGGCGCCUAUCUCUAUGGGCGCCUAUCUCUAGGGGCGCCUAUCUCUAUGGGCGCCAAUCUCUAGGGGCACCUAUCUCUAUGGGCGCCUAUCUCUAUGGGCGCCUGGGCGCCUAUCUCUAUGGGCGCCUAUCUCUAUGGGCGCCUAUCUCUAUGGGCGCCUACCUCUAUGGGCGCCUAUCUCUUUGGGCGCCUAUCUCUAUGGGCGCCUACCUCUUUGGGCGCCUAUCUCUUUGGGCGCCUAUCUCUAUGGGCGCCUAUCUCUAUGGGCGCCUAUCUCCAGUGGCGCCUAUCUCUAGGGUUGCCUAUCUCUAG